GUAUGCACUUAAGUACAGUCACUCGUGUUGAUUAGAAGUUUAUUUCCUUUCUCUGCCAUUUCCCCCUACUUUAGGCCAAGUAAAACGGCACGGAGAACCUCGGUGAUCGUUUAGUGAGGUCUGUUAGGAAGGAAAAUGGCAGCCUCUUUUUACAUUUUCUUUCUUCUUUACAUUGACUGCUCUGUGGGAUCACAUUUAAAUCACUAGCUAAUAGCUACAACAUGUAUCAUCCUAGCUAGAUACAAUGUAGCAAAAUAAUAUAUUGUCAAUGUCCAGCUAACGGUUUACGGUUCAAUCAUAGAUUGGUCGUUGAUGCUAACCAAAACAAUAUCGGGCAGUCACCUCUGCCAACUAUUAGCGAAGAAGCGGUCUCAACUGAGUGUCUGUGCUCCUUUCUCUGUUGUCCCCCAUAGCUGUGCCAUGUAGAAGGCAGUGAUUCACCCUUAAACUUUUGCAAAUGAAAAUGGAGGAUAUGUCUCUGUCGGGCCUGGACAACACCAAGCUAGAGGCCUUGGCUCAGGACAUCUACUCGGACCUGGUGGAGGACGCCUGUUUGGGCCUGUGUUUCGAGGUGCAUCGUGCUGUCAAACAGGGCUACUUCUUCCUGGAUGACACGGACCAAGAAAGCAUGAAGGACUUCGAAAUCGUUGACCAACCAGGAGUGGACAUUUUCGGGCAAGUGUACAAUCAGUGGAAAAACAAGGAGUGUGUGUGUCCCAACUGCAACCGGAGCAUUGCUGCGUCCCGCUUUGCCCCUCAUCUGGAGAAAUGCUUGGGCAUGGGGCGCAACAGCAGCCGCAUCGCCAACCGCAGAAUAGCAAGCAGUAACAACAUGAACAACAAAUCAGAGAGUGAUCAGGAAGACAAUGAUGACGUCAAUGACAAUGACUGGUCGUAUGGCUCAGAAAAGAAAGCUAAGAAGAGAAAGUCAGAUAAGGUAUUUUUACAUUCUUUGAAACAACAUAUACCUUUGAAUCCAAAUUCACCCAGAAGAUCAAAAUCUGUAAAGCAUAAAAAUGGGGAGCUUAGUAAUAGUGUCAAUGCAGAUCCAUACAAGUACAACUAUAACACUGGCAUCAAUUACGAAACUUUAGGCCCUGACGAACUGAGGUCUCUGUUGACAACACAAUGUGGAGUGAUCUCGGAGCACACCAAGAAGAUGUGCACCAGGUCCCAGCGGUGCCCCCAGCACACGGACGAACAGAGGAGGGCCGUCAGGGUGUUCCUCCUGGGGCUGUCCGCGUCAUCUCUGCCCGAUGCAGACACGAUGGUGGAGAGUGACUGCUACGACGCCUCAGAUGGACAGGUUCUCAUGAGUCGCCUACAGUGGGAUGGAUCCUCAGACAUCUCCCCCUCUGAUUCAGCCUCCUCCAAAGCUAGCACCAACAACUCAGAUUCUAAGAAGCCCAAGAAGAAGAAGAAGACGUCUCUUGGCCUAAACAGCACAGGAGGAGGAGGGGGCGGCAGUGGGAGUGGAGGAGGCAGUAGCUCCCAGACUAGUCUAGUAGGCCUAUCCAACAGAAAGAAGAAGCCCAAGCUUCCUGUUCCCCCUGCCCCCAGUAUCUAUGACAACCUAAACUAGGGUAGUCCCAGUCUGCCCCCCCCCCGUACCCAGGAAGGUGACUGGAGGGUGACAUGGAAUUCUGAACCAGGCUUCAUCCACUCAUCCAGCUCCCCAGCCUGUCAAGUCAUGGUCUCAUACCUAACAGAGGUACAGAUACCCGUGUCCUCUGAGGCAAAGAUGAUAACCCAUUAACUCACAUCCACUCACUCACUUUAAUAUCAGCUCUGAUUAGCCCAGGGGUUGUAACUUCUCUUUUUCAUAACUGGACAACAGCACCCCUUCAUUUGAACGCCCUUCUUAUUUGUUUGUUGUUGAAUACAAUAUUUUGCAAUUCCAGUUAUAAAGAAACAUGGGCCAUUGAUUGUUCACUUUAAUUAUGUUUUUGUUAAUCAGUGAUUUAGGCUUCAGACAUGGACCAAUCACACUCCGCUUUUUUGCACUCUGAUCUGUUUUCUCCUGAAAACAAAAUAUUGCUUUCUUUUUGACUCUGUCUCUGUUUAGGAGGGGACUUGUGGACUAAUUGCAUCACCUUACGACUACAGCGUUGUUAUUGUGGUGGAGGAUGUCAUUGCCAUCUUGUUGUUUCACCAGUAUUGGGGUACUUGAUGGUGGCUUUAUCCGUACUAGCAUUGUAUUGCACAGUGGUGUAUGUGUGGUUGCAUGUGUGUAUGAAUGUUGUGUAAAGUUGACUGUUUUCCGUGUUGUGUGUGUGUGAUUUAAUUUGUUUUCAGAUUACUAUGCAUCUCUGAAUGUGCCAUUGUGGUUGAGUCAGUAUAUGUUAUUUUGAAUAUUUAACUUUUUUGGUUUACAUUGACUGUGUCAAGUGAGAAUGUGUAUUUAAUGUCUGCACUCAGUAAAUUGUAAAUGCAGAUGUUGACAUGUAUCAUGGAGUGAGCCAGUGUGUUUUUGUAUACCGAUACAUGUGGUAUGAUGACCUAUGUAAAAGAAUCAUGAUUUAAUUGGAUACUGUAUACAUACACGGUAACCUCUCUACCAUACACAGCUUCAUGCUAAACAGUGCUUCUUCCCUGUCUAUCUUUACUGUUUCAUACUCAGUCUGAAGUUUCUCUAAUCUGCUUCAGCUGCAAAUCACAAUAUCACUCUAUACAAGUUGUAGAUCUCACAUUGCUUCCUGUUGAAUAAUGCUAAAGUAUAGUGGAGUCAACCUGCUUUUUCCCCCAAUAAUACUCUAGGUCAAUCUGCAUCACUUGAUUUAAUAGUCUGUCUCUGCUUGUGUGCAGUGUCUAUGCGCUUGAAGGAAUUCAAUCCGCUGCCACUUGCAACAGAAGUGCCAUGGCUGUUGCAUGGGAUAUUUCAGACUGUUAUUCUUGCCAUUUUCAGUUUUACUCUAGCUAACGAGUAAAGUUUGAUAUGUUAUUCAUUCCUGUUUGAGGGGCCCACCAGACUAUACUCGCUGAGAAUCUUAUAUACCCUGAGCUUUCAUUUAGAACAUUCAGCCAGUGAUUAAGUAUGACAUCACUUUAAUGUGCACUAAAAGAAUCAACCUUCAAGUGAAAAAACACCUAUUUUGGGUAUGGCUCAUUUAAUUUGUUCCUCUUUGCUGACAGGGUAAAGAAUGUCCUGUAUUACUAAUGCUGCGUAACUGUUUAUUUGUGUGUAUCGGUGUGUCUGAACAAUAUGAGUGUGGACAAAUGACGCAAUAGAAAGUGUCUUCACAAAACAAAAACAUUUUUUUUCAUGCACGUGUGUGUGCAUGUGCAAAUAUGUCAAUUGUAUAUUAAUGUGACGCACAGCUAGGUUUUCUUUAUAUCUCAGUUUCCCAAGUGUACAGAGGUUUCUUUGUCUGAGUAAAAUUAAGUGUCAUUCAGA